CAGGAGAAGCCGCGCCAUCCGCCGCCAUCCGCCGCCCCCAGGCGCCCCGCCCGCCCGACCCCCGGCUCCCCAGGCGCACCGGGCUCCCCGCAAGCACCACAGGCAGAUCAGGAGCGGUGCCGAGAAAUUUCCUUACUCGAUGACAUUUCAUCGCGAUGUCCGAUCGUUCGGGGCAAAUAACCAAGGGAAAGGAUGGGAAAACCAAGUAUACAACGCUCAGCCUGUUUGAUAAAUAUAAAGGAAAGUCAGUAGAAACAGUCAGAAGUACAGUUAUUCCUAGACAUGGCCUGCAGAGUCUUGGGAAAGUUGCUUCCGCACGGCGCAUGCCACCUCCUGCCAACCUGCCAAGUUUGAAAUCGGAGCACAAAGGAAACGACCCCAAUAUCAUCAUCGUGCCGAAGGACGGAACAGGAUGGGCAAACAAGCAGGACCCUCCAGAGCAAAAGAGUUCCAAUUGCACAGCCACACAGCCGCAGGAGUUGCUGCCGCAGCAGGAUUUACAGAAAUCUGUCUCCAAUUUACAGAAGCGGAGCCCGUCAACCAGCCAGGAGAAUACAAAUUCAGCACCCGGUGGUGUAAAAUCAUGGGCGCAGCUGAACGGAAAGCCAGCCAGACUAGAAGCUGGUUCAAGGGUCUCAAACCGACUGUUAUCCUUCUCUCCCGAGGAUUUUCCAACGUUGAAAGCAGCUGGAGAGCAGGACAGGUCUGGAAAAGAAAAGGGCACCUUAGAUCCGUCGUAUGGGCCCGGACCAAGCCUCCGCCCCCAGAAUGUGACAAGCUGGAGGGAAGGUGGUGGCAGAAGCAGCUCCUUGGCCACCUCUUUCUCCCCCUUCCCAACUGAGCUGGGUACCAAGAGCUCCAGCGCAGGAGAGGAAGCCCCGGUCUCAGCCAACGGGGCCGAUCCGAAGCAGCCCUCCCUUCGCCCUUGUCUGCCUCACCGCAAAGGAGCGUCCCAGUUUAUGGCAAACACCUACCAGCCACCCACCUACCACGACAUGCUUCCUGCCUUCAUGUGUUCCAAUCCGCCAGCCGAGACCCCAAGCUUGCCUGAACGAAGCUCCUUUCCUCUCCCUUCCUUCUGUCUGGAACCCCGCGUCCCCUUCCGACAACAUCCACCCAGUGACCAAGACGGAAAAGACAAGCGCCUUGGGGCCCCACGCCCAGUCCGUCCGGUCCGUCCGGCGGGAGAGCGAGUCCCCAGACCAACCAUUAUCAACGCAGAGAACCUGAAAGGUCUGGAUGAGCUGGACAAUGAUACGGAGGACGGCUGGGCAGGAAUCCACGACGAAGUGGAUUAUUCCGAAAAACUGAAGUUCAGUGAGGAUGAGGAAGAGGAAGAAACCCCCAAAGACGGAAGGCAGAAAUGGAACAACUGGGAUCCCCGAAGGCCGCCUUCGCUGAGCUCGGCCGAAAACACCGACGUCCGGUACCCCACAGAGGACCCCAAGACUUGGAACGACUCAGCCAGCCUCUCUCGGUCCAUCCGCAAAGUGUCGGAAAGUCUACCAGGCUCAAGAAAGCUGAACGGCUGGAGCCCUCUGCCAGAAUAUCAGAAACCCCCAUUGUCAUGUCUGCGGCAACAGUGUUCAGAAGAAAAAGAAGAGAAGCCGCCGCUGAGACAGAAGUUCAUCUACUCGGAAAUGUCGGAAGCCGUCGAGCGGGCCAGGCGGCGACGGGAAGAGGAAGAGCGAAGAGCGCGGGAAGAGCGCCUGGCUGCCUGCGCGGCAAAACUGAAGGAGCUGGAUCAGAAAUGCAAGCUCGCGCAGAAAGCGGGAGACGGUCCCAAACACGGCGAGAGUGAUGAACCCCCAUCCUCGACCUCGGAGAAAAACGCCGUCUCGGAGAACAGCCACGUAACUCGGAUAGCCGUCCCCGAGUCUCACACCCAGGACCCCUCUUCUGGUUACGUGGAUGAGGAGACCCCAACAGCUGCCUCCACAGCGCUCCGGAGUAGCAGCGAGGAGGAGCUGCGCGAAACCGUUUCCCCCAUGCAGGAAUUCGGCAAAUUCCCCAAGCUGCUUCCUCCGCGGUUCCAGAGAAAGCAAGACCACCUCUACAAAAUGCAAAACUGGCCACCCUCCCAAGUCUAUCCACCUUCUUCCCACCCUCAGCGGACUUUCUACCCGGCCCACCCACAGAUGUUGGGGUUCGACCCUCGAUGGUUAAUGAUGCCUUCUUAUAUGGACGCUCGAGUCACCCCGGGACGCUCACCUGUGGAUUUCUACCCUUCAUCCCUUCAUCAAUCAGGGAUGGUGAAGCCACCGGAUUCCAUGAACGGGGGCAGCUGCCCACCGGAGGAGCAGAGCUGCCAAUCUGUGGGGCUACAGGAGAGAAAAGAGGAAGUUACCUCCCUCUGGGAUCCGGAAAGUUUUGUCCCCCUGCCAAGCAAAAGCUGUCCUGUUUCCCAGCCAAAGCAAGCAGAGAGCGGGACAGAGGAAGGAUUACACACCAGGGUGGAGAAUUCUUACUCUGCACCCUCGGGGCUAAACACUCAACAUGACUUCUUUGAAGAAGUUGGAGAAGACUACUUAAGCUCCUUUGAGAAGAAACCCCAGGGAAAUUUCGACCGAUGCGUCAGUCCUGCCCAAAGGACGCCCCAAGAACGCAUCUUUCAGCCCCCCGAGUGCAGCUCUGACCUUUCCGAUCCUUGCGAUAGGAGCCUGUUGAAUUCUCCUUUGGAGUCCGGUUCCAUUCCGGAUGAAAAGAAGUCCGAAUACAAUGGUUGGGAGAUCAGCCAUUUUUCCAAACCCUUGGAAGAGUCGCCUUCGGGGAAAGAAGAGCUGUUCCAGGAGGACUCCUUGUUUGGUUCGGAGAUGUGGAAGAAGGAUGGAUCUGCCAGCAAGCAAGCCAACCCUGGAACUGGGUGGACGACUCCCGAGAACCGAAACACCAACGGUCAAACACUACAGCAAGAGCAAACGGGCAGAACCCGUCGAUCCGGUCCGAUAAAAAAGCCGGUCCUAAAGGCUCUUAAAGUGGAGGAGAAGGAAAAAGAACUGGAGAAGGUGAAGGUGGAGGGCGAAGAGACGUCCCAUCCCGUUAAAGAAAAGGGCCCCACGCCAAAGGCAUCAGAGGAGAUGAAUCCUGGAGCCGUUGUCCACUCCACUCGCUACCGCUUGUUGGACGAGAGACCCUCCCCACAAACCCCUGUCCAGGACAACGAGAGACAUCAUGAAGACAACGAGGAGGACAGCAAAGAAAAGGAGAAGAUAGCCAAGGACUCGGAGGGCAAGAAUCAGUCAAGGGAGUUUGCCGAGCUGCCUCCAACCAAACGAAACAACUGGAUCUUCAUCGAUGAGGAACAGGCCUUUGGCGGACGGGGGCAAGGACGGGGCCGUGGACGCGGCUUCCGAGAAUUCACCUUCCGAGGCCGUAGCAACACGGUGGGAUGCGGAGGCGUGGCUGCCGCUGGUAGCGGCGGCGGGGCGAAUCUCCGAGGCGGUUACAAUAGCAGCAACGGCGGGGGUCCCCCGAGAAGUAGCCGAGGACGAACCUUGAGAGAGUUCAAUCAGGGGGAGGAGUUCCCGCGGGGAAAGCCCAGGCGCCGGAUUGCGAGCGAGACCCACAGCGAAGGCUCCGAGUAUGAGGAACUGCCCAAGCGCCGGCGUCAAAGGGCCUCCGAGAAUAAUAACGAGGGUUCCCUGGCCGAGAAAGAAGAGGGCGAUCUCAAGAAAGGGGAUUUCCAGGACUCCUGGAGAUCCAAUAAGAUCUAUUCCGAUGAUCAGGACGCCAAGUUGAGGACCCCGCGAGCUUUUGGGCGAUCGUUACCCCCAAGAUUGAGCAAUUCCACUUACGGGCGCCGAGGAUUCAUUUCCAAGGAGUUUCCCCAGUGGCAGAGCCGAAAUGGUGGAAAUACUUGGCAAGAAUAUGGGCACAACGCCCCUCUGGAUGCCUUUGGCAUCAGGCGUCUACCAGAGAGGGAUUACAGCCAAGAGUCUUACAAGGCUUCGGACUCGUUUAGCCGACGGGUGUUUGAAGAGGACUACGGAGGGGAUCCUGAAAACGUGGAGAACCGGCCGUUCCGUCGACGGCGCCCCCCUCGUCAGGACAAACCUCCCCGGUUCAGGCGCUUGAGGCAGGAACGUGAGUCCGUGGGUCAGUGGACGCCCGAAGAUGGUGGGGCCAACCUUAUCGCUUGCCAGUGGCCCAGGAGAGCCAAACUGGUCACGACCGAUUAUAACGGUUCCUCGAACAGAAGAUCUCCGGAACUCUCCUAUCAGAAUACCUCAGAUCACGCCAACGAAGAGUGGGAGACGGCCUCGGAAAGCAGCGACUUCAGCGAGAGGCGGGAAAGGAGGGGAGGCGGGAACUCGGAGAACGAGGCACCGUUGGAUGGCGGGGUGCCCGGAAGCACCUUGGGGGAGAAGAGAGACCUGGCCAAGAGGAGCUUCUCCAGCCAGAGGCCUGUGGUAGAUCGGCAAAGCCGGAAAUCUGAUCCCGUAGGAUUUGGGGAGAAAGCCAUACGAGCCGGUGGGAACCGACCGGCGUCCUACUACGAAAACCAGCAGAACGUGCUGCAAAUGAGGAGCAAAAGAUCUCCGGAAGAAAACGGCGUUCUUGACAACGGCAGUCCUGGACGGAACCGUUCCGCUUACGGGUCUCACUCCAACCUGAAUGGUGCCGAAAACCUGGAGAAAAGGCCAGAGAAGGAGCUGAAGUCGGCGGGCAGCGAGGCGACAGAGACCAUCAGUCCGUUUGAGCUGAGCUACAGAAGUGGCGUGAUGGAGAGCCGUGGCCCGGGUCCCGCGACAGAGACGGACGUGGGGCCGAUGAACAGCGAAGGAUUCAUUGAAGUCCUGACCAAGAAACAGCGGCGGCUGCUGGAAGAGGAACGCAGGAAGAAAGAACAAGCUGCCCAGGCUCCGGCUAAGGGCCGCGUCCUUCAGUCGCGCAUCCCACCCCGCUUUGCCAAAAAGCAGAACAGCCUGUGCCUCGAACAAGGGGACGUCUCGGUGCCUCGAAACACCUUGGGGACAGAAAUUUGGGAGACCAACAGCGCAGCUCUGUCCGUUCAGUCAUCUGGUCCUGAUUCCUGGAACAAGCCCAUUGGCACUUUUAUUGGAAACGAGACCGGCUCUGCGGAGGGGUUCAGAGGCAGCCAGGGAGACAGCGGCAUCGACCUGAGCGCCGAGUCGCGGGAGUCUUCGGCCACUUCUUCCCAGCGCAGUUCUCCGUAUGGCACCCUCAAACCCGAGGAGCUGAGCGGAGGCGGGCUGGCCGAGGCCAAGGGAGACGGGCCGAAAGAGCCAGCUCCGAAGCCGUUGGAUAAGAAGCCUCUCUGUUUUCUUGCCCAGGACUCGGAGCAAGCCCUGACCCCAAACAAGGACCACAAACCGGGGCCCAUCGGCAACGAGCGCUCCUUGAAAAACCGGAAAGGCUCGGAAGGGUCUGAACGGCUGGAGGGCAACAUCGCCCCCACCAACGGGGUGGAGAUUCACGUGGAUUCGGUCCUCCCCGUCCCGCCCAUUGAAUUCGGAGUGAACCCUAAAGAUUCGGACUUCAAUCUCCCCCCUGGCUCGUCUCCUGGCACCCCGGCCAACCCAGUUGCGAAGUUACAGAACGUGCUAGCCAGCAAUAAUUCUGCAAACCCAGCAAGGUUUAAUUGUAUCCCAUCUAUGUUUCAACAGUCUGGAUUAACCCAAUCCCUCCCUGUUAUUCGAAGAGACCAUCAACUUCCCCGUUGCAUCAGCUUAAACAUAUCUUAUCCUACGGCAGAUCUCACUCUUAAAAUGGAGUCAGCCCGAAAGGCGUGGGAAAACUCUCCCAGCCUUCCCGAACAGAACUCCCCCGGAGGCGUUGGCUCUGGCAUUCAGCCCACAUCCAGCAUUGGGGUUUCCAGUGGGGUCAGCUACAGCUCCUUUGGGGGUGUUUCUGUCCCCCCGAUGCCCGUGGCCUCUGUGGCGCCUUCUUCGAUUCCAGGGAACCACAUGACGCCCCUUUAUUUAGAUGGGCACGUGUUUGCCAGCCAGCCGCGACUUGUUCCCCCGACAAUACCUCAGCAACAAAGCUACCAACAGGCAGCUGCCGCUCAGCAGAUUCCACUCUCCCUCCACACAUCAUUGCAAGCCCAGGCUCAGCUCGGAUUGAGGGGCGGCCUUCCAGUGUCCCAGUCCCAGGAGAUCUAUAGCUCCAUCCCUCCCUUCAGGUCUCAGGUCUACAUGCACCCCAGCUUAUCCCAGCCCAGCACGAUGGUCCUGACCGGAGGCACAGCGUUGAAGGCGCCCUACUCCGCCUUCCCAGGGAUGCAGCCAUUGGAGAUGGUGAAAACGCAGUCAGGCACCCCCUACCAGCCCGUAAACGGCAGCCAAGCUCUGGUUUACGAGGGUCAGAUCAACCAGGCUUCCCAAAUGAUGGACUCGCAGCUUCAGCAGCUAACGAUGUCAAUUCCGGGAUCCCAGCUACCGAUGGCCCGCUACGGAUCUGGCCAGCAGCCUCUCUUAUUAUCCCAGUCCAUGCACCUGUCCCAAGCUCAGAACCUCCCCGUUGGGGCCCCUCGCCGGAUCCUCUCCCCCAACUCCCAGGCGUCUGCUCUGGUUGCAAACAGAGAGUCUUCUCACAUGGAAAUCAAAGGAUUCUCCUUUGCAGACACUAAACAGAACAUCAUUUCUGGUGGACCCAUUCCGUCUUCUCACACUUACAGGCCCAGUUCUGCUAGCCCCAGCGGAAAGUCCUCCGGAUCGGCCGUCGGCAUGAGCUCUGCCCAAAGGCAUUACAUUCAACAGGCAAAACAGCGAGUGGAUGAGAACAAAGGCCUGGGAGCCGGGAAACUGCAGGAGGCUCCUUCCGCUGGUCCGAUGAAGGCAGUCCGCACAGGCGCCAUCAAGCCUCAAGCUGUCAAAGUGGAAGAGAGCAAGGCCUGAGGCUCUGGGGG